AUGACAGCCGGUGAACGAUUACCUCCUGUAAAUGGGUCUUUGGUGUUAUCCCGUUUUGAUUCAUUAAUUAAGGCGGGCUUUGUUCACUAUGACGAGCACCAGAAGAUUAUCGAGCAUACUGAUGGAGACCUCAAGUUUCAUUUUAUCCUCACCAAAGCGCUGGCCCAAAAACCAACUCUUUCUACACCACCGGAGCAAAUUUUAGCCCAGGGCCAAAACAAAUCACCCCUGAGCCUCAUGCAGCAACGACCGGGGAGCGACAUCAAUUCGAACGGCUACGAAAUAGAUGACGGUAGUAAAAGCCACUUCCUCAUCGCGAAUAAAUUUUGCUUUUCGCGGCCGCACCUCAUGAUGCUCACCUGCGAUGGGUACCGCAGGCAGCAUGAGCCGUUGGAUAGGAGCGACUUGGAAGCGGCAUGGACCACAUUAGCGGCUUUAAACAAUCCAGCUACGGACUACGUUGUGUUCUACAACUGUGGAAGGGACGGUGGAUGUAGCCGGCUGCAUAAGCACAUGCAGCUGAUGCCCUUACCGGCUGACGGUUUUGCCACCGCAUUUCUCAAUUCUCACGUUGCGAAAGAGCCCAGAGUACCCUUCAAGUGGUUCUAUUAUAGAUUCGAGGAUGGGGCUAUAACAUCCGCUACAAUAGCGAAUAUUUAUGCGCAGCUUCUACGUCAGGCUACCAAGGCGUGGGAGAAAUGUACAGGUAACACUGUGGCUGAUGGGGAGGCUUGCCCGCAUAACGUGGCCUUCACGACCCGGUGGAUGGUAGUCAUUCCGCGACGGCGCGCGGCGAUUAACAAAGAAGCCGGGGUGAAUUCGCUGGGCAUGUUGGGGGUAAUUGCUGUAGCCACCGAGAGGGAGAUUGAGAAUUGGGUACGACUUGGGUUGACCAAGUCCCUUUGGGAACUCGGUGUCACGAGAGAGAAGAGCAUCGUGUAA